GCAGUCUCCUUUUUUGUCACGCUAUGGAGUGUUUGGAGCUGAAUUUGAACAAAGAAGUCGGAGAUGCUGGCGAAGGAGGAGGAGGCGGUGUUGGAGGUGGUGGUGGUGGUGGUGGUGGUGGUGGUGGGAGCAAUCCCAACCCUAAGGGAGGAAGUGAUGGUUUUAUUGAUCGGAGCAAAGUGAGGAUUUUGUUGUGCGAUAACAACCCGAAGAGCUCGGAAGAGGUCCUUCCGCUUCUUUUGAAAUGCUCUUAUCAGGUGACUUCUGUAAGAUCAGCAAGGCAGGUAAUAGAUGCCCUGAAUGCUGAGGGACCAGACAUUGAUAUUAUCCUAGCUGAAGUCGACAUUCCUAUGUCCAAAGGCAUGAAGAUGUUGAAGUACAUCACACGUGAUAAAGAGUUACGACGCAUUCCUGUGAUUAUGAUGUCGGCCCAGGAUGAGGUCUCAAUUGUUGUCAAGUGCUUGAGGCUAGGAGCAGCAGACUAUCUUGUGAAGCCAUUGCGCACUAAUGAACUACUGAACUUAUGGACCCACAUGUGGAGGAGGCGGCGCAUGCUUGGAUUGGCGGAGAAAAACAUUUCGAACUAUGAAAUUGAUCUGGUGGCGUCAGACCCUAGUGAUGCAAAUACAACUAGCACGACACUUUUCUCAGAUGACACUGAUGAUAGGUCCAGGAGGACCACCAACCCUGAUGUGUUACCCACACAUCAAGAAGAAGAGCCUGUUGUUACUGCUCCUCAGACAGCUACUGUGACUGCUUCUGAGCCACCAACUCAUAAUGUUCGAGAUUGCCUUCCUGAUGUACCUGGCAUCAGUGAUCGCCGGACAGGUGAGCACUCUUUGCUUAUGGGAAACGGUGAAGAUAGAGAUGUCUUAGCUCUGCUAAAUUACGAAGGACAAUUAUCUUCUGGUCCUAAGAAGAGCGAGCUGAAGGUUGGGGAGUCAUCAGCAUUCUUCACAUACGUAAAAUCAAGCAUUGUCAGGAACAAUUCACUCCCUGCUCCCCAUGCCAAUGGCAACGCUGCCCAGACUUUGAGGCCCGAAGAGAGAGUCCCUGCAGAGGCUGAGCAGGUUGCUUAUGAUCCACGAGUACAUGAAAAUGGAGAAGCAUGGGAGAAAUCCUCCCAAGGGGAUGACUUCCCAAGCAGCAGCAGCAUUCCUGAUUCUCUCUCUUUGGAAAGAUCUUGCACCCCACCCGUAUCAACUGAUUACUUGCAGCAGCAGAGGAACUAUGUUGGGGAAAAGUUACCUUCUCAUAUGGUCGUUCCCCCAAGGAAUGACCCACAUCACGAAGUGUCAGGAUUGGGCCUACAGGGCACUUAUCCUUAUUAUGUGCCGGGGGUUGUUAACCAAGUUAUGAUACCCUCGUCUUCUGCACAAAUGUAUCAAAAGAACCUCCACGACUUACAAAAUCAUCACGCUGCCCCUUAUCCUCUCCCGCAUUGCUCUCCUCACAUGACAGGAUUGCCUUCUUUCCCUUAUUACCCAGUAAGCAUUUGCUUACAACCUGGGCAGGUCUCUUCGCCCCCCUCGUGGCCUUCAUUUGGGAACGCUCCAGUUUCAGAGACAAAAAUGAGCAAUGUUGACAGAAGAGAAGCUGCCCUGAUCAAGUUUCGGCAGAAAAGGAAGGAGCGAUGUUUCGACAAGAAGAUCCGGUAUGUAAACAGAAAACGGCUUGCUGAGAGGCGGCCUCGUGUGAGGGGACAGUUUGUGAGGAAGGUCAACGGUGUGAAUGUGGACCUUAAUGGUCAACCUGCUAUGGCCGAUGAUGAUGAGGAUGAACUUGAGGAUGAGGAGGACGUUGAUCCACCAGAUUCCUCCCUGAGAACGGAGUUUCAGAAUAUUGACAUGAUUUACUUCUCUCCUCUCCAAGAAUUAUUAUUUCAGAGUCUGAAUCCCAAGAUGCUGAUUAAUCAAGGUGGGGCAUUUUUUCCGUCAACUUCAUCCGGUGGGUCUGGUUCAGUUCAAUUCAGUUCGUCAGCCUUGAUCUAUGGGCCAUUGCGCAUUACAACUUGACUUACAAACUGUGCCCCUGUGUGGAGUCAGAACUAUCUCCCAAGUUUAUCGACUCUUGCAGAAACUGGAUGCAGUGCUUUGGUUGGAGCUUUGCAUCAUUUCAAGUGACUGUUGAAUACUUCGUCUAAGGACAAGAAAUUGGUAUGGCUUGCUUGAAAUUCUACUGCUACAUGGACAAUCUGCAGGCUUUUGCAAAUUCCGUUCACCCUCUAGCUAUUGUCAUUUGUGUAAGUUCCGGAUUAGAGUUAUUAUGAUGUUAUCAAAGUCCCCCAGUUAAGUUUAAUCGAGCAUCGCCUUUCCUGUUUACUUCAA